AUGCCAAGUUAUGUGAAGUUUUUGAAAGACAUAUUGACUAAAAAGAGGAAAUUGGAAGAUUUUGAGACAGUUGCACUUAUUGAGGAGUGCAAUGCUAUAAUCCAAAAUGAGCUUCCACCAAAGCUUAAGGAUCUAGGGAGUUUUUCUAUCCCUUGUGUUGGUGUUUCAUUUAUGCCUUUGACUACUACUAGGAAACUUCAACUUAAUAAGAUACAACCUACUAUAGUUUCUUUACAAUUAGCAGACAAAACAAUCAGGUACCUUGUUGGCAUUAUAGAGGACAUUUUGGUUAAAGUGGGGAAGCUGUACAUUCCAAUGGACUUCAUAAUGCUUGAAAUGGAAGACGAUAUUGAAAUUCUUUUUAUUUUGGGAAGACCAUUCUUAGCUAUAGUUGGAGUAAUCAUUGAUGUGAAGAAUGGCAAGAUAACUUUCAAAGUUGGAGAGGAGGAAGUUGAGUUUAAUGUUUUCAAUACAACUGAUCAUGCUUCCUUUACAAAUAAUUGCUAUAAAGUGGAUUUCGUUAAUGAAGACAAAGGUAAGCUUAUUCCAACACCUUUAAUGAUGCAAGCACCAACUCUUAAGUUAGAGCCACCACCACCAUAUCUUAGAAAUAAGUAG